AAGAAAAAAAAGAAAAAAAGAAAAAGAAAAAAACCCGCCAUAGCUUCCUGAAGCCGCUUCUUCGUAAUUGGAUGAAACAGAGAACGGAAAGGUGCGUAGUGUGCACUCCCUGUUUAAUUCUCCGAUCGAUCUGAGCAGGCUUAUGAUAUCCGUCAAUUAAAAUUGAUUAGCUAGUGAAUGGUGACACAGCUCGUUAUGUCGAUUCGGAGUUCGCUGAAUUCCAAAGCUUCUUGUGUUUUCCUUGUCUUUUUUAUUUUCCUCAACUGCUUUCCCGGUUUCGUAUUAACAGCAGUAGUAACGCUUGAUUCGAUUGAAAUAUAUACUACUCACGAAUGGAUGCCAGACUCUAAACCAACGGUUUAUUUCCAGUGUAAAGGAGAGAAAAAGACGAUUUUGCCUGAUGUCAAGCGCGCAGAUUAUAUGUAUUCUUUCAAGAAUGAAGAAUCUUGGCAGCCGCUAACAGAUUUUUCGGGCCAGAAAUGCAAGCGAUGUGGGUUUUAUGAGAAGGAUAUGAUUAAGUCAGAUGAUGUAUUUGAUGAGUGGGAGUUUUGUCCUUCUGAUUUUAAAGCUAAUAAGGGGAAAUAUGUUCGAGACAAGAAAAAGGAAUUUAAGGCUACUUUCCUGUGUCCGGAGUGCAAGUCUGAAGCAAGCUCCUCUAGCACACUGCAUGGAGAAGAGGGGUGGAAUGUCGGUAUAAUAAUACUUAUCACAGUACUUGCUUCAACUGUACUGAUAGUCGGAGGGGUGGCAGCAUAUAGGUACUGGCAAAAGAAGAGGAGAGAAAAAGAACAAGCUCGGUUUUUGAAGCUGUUUGAAGAUGGGGAUGACAUUGAGGAUGAAUUGGGCCUUGGUAUGUAAUAUGAUAAAUUACAAUAACUUGAAUAUCUCCUGUACAGUGAGUUGAUCUUACAUAAAUUUUGCUAGUGUGAGUAAAAAAUCAAAA